UUUUUUUUUUUUUUUGGUUAGAAGAACUUACCGUGGGCAGUAGUUAAAGACAUCUCUGCCUUUGUCUACCUCUGCAUUUGACUACUGGGGAGAAUGCGUCGUCUGUGCGCAGUAUUUUAUUGUACUACUUUGUCCGUAUUGUCAGUGUGCGCGGGAUCGAUGCUGACGCUGAUCGGUAAAACCGGAGAGUCGGUUACUCUGCCCUGCUGCUAUGACAUCAUAGCUAACGGGCUCACGGACAUGUGCUGGGGGAGAGGCGAGGUUCCCACGUCCAAAUGCAGCAACACAAUCGUUUCAACCGACGGAGAAAAAGUGACCUUCAGCGAAUCGGACAGAUACCGGUUACAGAGCGGGGUUCAGGAGGGAAACGUGUCGCUGACCAUCAUCAACUUGACGGAGAACGACUCCGGGAUCUACGGGUGCAGGGUGGAGAUUCCAGGCUGGUUCAACGACCUGAAACUCAACUUUUAUUUGAUUACUGUGAAAGGUGUACCUGAAUCCAACACACCCCUAAACACCACCGAACUACCUGUGUUUUAUUCUGAUGCUCAACGAGGGGAGAGGACAACUCCACCUGCAGACACGGGGAACUCGGACGUCCCGGUGCUGGUUUCGGUCCAAGCUGAGGAGAUUUCUCAAACGUUCAGCGGAAACGUCAUUCGAAUAGGAGCAGCGAUAUUCAUCCCAGGCCUGAUAAUCAUUGUAAUUCUUGAACUGAGGUCCCGUCAGGAGAAGCGGCGCAGAAGUGCCAAGCAGUUGGACCACAGCGCCCCCACUGUCCAGAUCAGAAACUGAGCCUCCCGUGGGUGUGGGAAGUCCCCAUAUCUCAGCAUCAACAGAAAGUGUGAAAGGGAACCGACCCAAAAAAAAAAGAACAAUAAACAGGAGAGUUGCAAACUUUCCCCAAACCCCUCAGCGCCCCCGCUCCUCAGCCGGGGCCGUUCCCCUCUGAGUUUAGGGUUAUAAACAGGCCCUGAGCCACGCUGGCGUCUGCCCCCCCAGAGGGAGGAAUUCGGUCAGCUGCAACACGACU